AAAACAUUGGAGCUUUUUUUUAAAUUUUACAUGAAAAACUCCCAAAAUACUCCAAAAAAACUAAAUUUUUGUUGCGAAAAGUAAUUUUUAACAAAAAAUUCACUCGAAAAAGUUGAAAAUUCGCAUCAAAUCCAUCGAAAACGGAUAAAAGCAAACAACAGUCAUCCAUAAUUUAUGAGCCUGUUUGUGUAAAUUGCCAAGGAAAAUGUCUCAAGAGAUAAAAUGUCUGUCACAAACAAGAAAUUACCGACUUUAGUGUUGCCGCCCGACGUUCAAGGUGCCUACAACGGAUACUUGGAGCUGCGAAUUGACGAUAUCAAGUGGCGAGGCAACAAAAAAUUCAACUUGCUCAUUGCGAAAGUGAAGUUUUGGGGUCAAGCCAGCCAGAAAACGGGUGCAAUUUGGUUCAAUUUCGACGGAAAACGUGAACCAGAGACCUUAAAAUAUCGCAUUGUGACGACAUCGAAGCUGUUUCGAUCGUAUUUGAAGCAUUCGGAGCCGGUACAAGUGCAAUUGGUGUCAACGAAGACAAAUAACUUGAUUGGAAGUUGCUCGUUUGCGAUUCCGGAUGCAGUAAGGGAGCUCAAACCGAACGUAGUUGGAAAAAUAAUUGGAAACGGCGCAAGUCCCAUCUUCAGUGCACAAGGAUUUAUUCUCGGAAGUGUCGUUUGGAGUAUCAGGGUGCAUCUUGUGACGCCUUUGAAGGAGAAGGAAUCAGACGACGAGUCGAUUAUUCAAGAAAUCAUGCCAACUCAACGUGAUCCUGUUCAAAUCCCGUUGGAUAAUACGUUCAUCAUGAGAGAAAAACCCACGAAAGACUCCCUUUUCUCAGAUUUCGUGAUAAAUAAUGUCCCCUCAAUAACUUCGAGUGACACAUACACCACUGUUUCAUCGCUCAAGGACUACAGCGAACCCCAAAAACGAGGAAUAAUGAACUAUUUAUUGGGCAAAAACGUCCCAAAAGAAACGGAAUCUUCGAUUUUGAAGGAAAUUUUGAACAUUUCACCCGCUGCGAGUCUCAUGGAUAUCUUAACGCAAGAAGAUAACUCUCAAAAACCCCUUCCAAACAUCAACAAAUCAAAAUUUUUAAAAGAUUUCGACUCAAUUCGCUUCGCAGUGCAUGGAUUUGUCGCAACCAAAAAUGGAAUUAAAGAAAUUAUGAAGCGUUUCUCCUCGAACAACAUGGAAAACUUCAAUUUAGCGAUCGAAUGUCAAAUUAGUUCGGGUCCAACGAAGGCUAAUGACAACAAUACCAUGUAUUUCCUUUCGAAACCCUUGAAACAAGAUGACUUAAUCGAAAAAAUCAACAUUAACAAACAAAAUUUCCGCGCAUUGAAAGACCCAAAAACGUUUUUCAGCUCAAAAAAUGUCGGAUUAACCAUAGUUUUGUGGAUCCGAGAUUGCAAGUCGAAAAUUUCAUACAUUUUGGGUGCUUCCCGAAUUCCAUUGGGACAAGUUUUGAAGGAAAAUUUGAGUUAUAGUGCAAAAACGGCAAUAAAAAUCAUCAAUACUGACGUCACAGUGGGAGUUUUAAGCUUUCAUGCGGAACUUGGAUGUCGAAAAACUCUUUUUGGAUCAAUUGGGAGCGAGAUAGCAGCACAAGAUAAGGGCGACGAUGGUCAAAAUCGAGAAAAACGAUCGCAGGACGUCACAAAAACGCAUGAGGAACAGUCGCAAGUUGGUAGAAAUGUUAGUUCAGGACCAAAAAGUCAGAAUCAAACGACUGAAAAUUCGAUCGUUGCAGUAAAUCCUCAUCCAGAAACGCAAAAAAUGGAAAGUGACGAGAUCAUGAGUAGUUUGUUGUACUUUGGGGGUGUCAAAGAUGCGCUCGAAACGAAAGAUCUCGAGAUUUAUUUGUCGUAUUUUGAUCUUUUCACGAACGAACAAAUACGAACGGAGUUCUCAUCCGGGAAUUUUUUCAAUUUUUUGAAGGUUUUUCCCGUUUUCAUCAACGAAGAGUUCCUGAACAAGAUGAAACAUAAUUACAUUUUGGUCGAAGCUUUCAAGUAUACGACGCAAGUAGCCACAAUUAAGCUUCCCUUGCACCAAUUUUACAUCGCUUUUCGCGACAAUGACAUUAAAACGCAUUUAAGCAAAGCCAAGUUGCCCGUAAUUUCAAUCGAUGGAUGGAAUAAUCUCAUUUCCACGGAAGGAACGAAUCAAGUUUUCGGUCAAUUGCAAGUUUUAUUGGCAGUUGGCACCGAAACUCAAAUUGAAACGCUCAAAACUUCUCGAGGAUUAUCCACGAAUGCCCUUCCAACGGUCAUGUCAACGCCACAAAUCGAGAAUAAUGUUCCUCCGGCAGCGAUUCAAGCGCCUCCAUUGCUGAAAAAUACACAAACGAGCAAAUUAUUGUCGAAUUUCAUCGAAUCUUUGGCAUAUAAAUUACCGGAUGUCAAUCAAAAAGCUCCGAAUUUGAAUGGAUCGGGUCCCGAGAUGAAGAGAAAUACCGCAGAUCUGCUUGAAAUGCUUCAAAAAGCUUUGACGGAGAGACCAACAGUUGAAAAUAACGUUUUUUCUGAAGCAAUUCCGACUCCGACGCCUUUCAAGCCUCCAACUCCGUUGGCAUCUCUUACGGCGCAAAGUAAUGCGUUGAAUAAUAAAAUUGUUGAAGAUACUCCCGGAUACAUUCGCAUCGCUGUGGAGAUCGAUUGUGCUCGGAAACUGCCGAUAAUUCGAUUGAGUAAGAAGAACAAGAAAAAUAACAAGGGAAAGGGGAAAUUGGGAGGAAUGGAUGUUGAACCGAGUGCGUAUGUGACAUUUGAAGCUGUUCGAGGUCCCGUUGCGGAUGAAGUUAAGUCUCAUGAGGGAAUUGUUUACGCCACGCACGUGAUAGAACAAAAUUGUGAUCCUGUGUGGCAGAAAACUUUUGAAGUUUCCAUUCCUGCGGAUAUUUUGUGGAAUACUGAAAAGAAUUUCAUCCUGAAAAUUUGGCGAAAAUCGAACCCAUCAGAUACAAAUCCCCUUCCAACUCCUUUGCAAGAUGCCGUUAUUGGAUUUACAGCUGUCAAUUUGCGCCCUUUUAUCUCUGGCGUGCCCGAUAUUUCAAGUUGGUACAACGUAAUCGACUUUUCCGGCAGAACAAACGGGCAAAUUCGCGUAAAUGUUCGACUUUUGAGUAAAAUUCCCGGCACCAACACAUUUUCCAAUCAAUCAUAUCAACAAUCUCAAAUCCGCGGAGGAGAAAAACCCGAAGUCCCGUCAAACGUUCCGCUUGCGAUCGAAACUGACGACAACGAUUUCACGAAUCAACUUGGCAGAGCACUCAAACGAAAGUUCACGGAGCUCGAAGAAAUCAGUCAACGACUCAAAGCGCGACUUUUCGACGUGACAGCUGAGAAUGAAGAUGACGACUUUGAUCCAGAUGACGAAUUCGAGAGGGAUUUGAACACCGUAGUUGAUAUGGAUGAAGAUGAUUUUGCGGGCGGCGCAGAUUUCGCUUGGCUUGGCGACGAUAAAUCCAUGUUUGCUGCGGGAUUUUGUGCCGCGAAAGAUUCACAGCCUGACAAAAAAGAGCUCGAUACGGCACUGAAAUUGGGCGAUAUCGAAACAAGUGUGAAUUUAUUCAAGAGCAUUUUGUCGGCAAACAAUGGAGACGCAGCAAUUCCAUCGACAUCGCAACAAGGCAUCGGAAAUUUAUCACAAGCGUUCCAAGAAGCGUCGCUUUCCGAUGACAAAUGGACGAGAAAAGGCGACGAAAAACCUGAAUAACUUUUCCGUAUUAUUACUUAAGCGAAGACUUAACAACUUUUUUUAAAGCAAUUACUGAAAAUUUAAUAUUAUUAUAGAUAAAAAUAAUAAAUUUAGUGGCUGAUUGUCGUUUUUUUGGUGUGAUUUACAAAAAAAUCCGUUUUUAAUUGAUGAAUUGACUCAAAUAA